UAAAAAUAUCUAGCCCUCUCCAAAACGUAUUUUAUUUUUUUCUACCCGAAUUAAAAAGACCAAAAUGAGUCUAACAGAUAUAGAUAAAUCCCUGGUCAAGGCUUUCUGGGGUAAAGUCUCCGGAAAGGCUGACGCUAUUGGCCACGACGCUCUGGUGAGAAUGCUACUUGUGUACCCUCAGACCAAAGUUUAUUUUACCCAUUGGCCUGACCUUUCUCCUGGCUCUGAGUCACUAAAGAAACAUGGUAAAACCGUGAUAGGCGCACUGAGCGACGCUGUGGCUACAAUCGAUAAUCUAGUCGGUGGCCUAAGUGUCCUAAGUGAUCUGCACGCUUUCAAGUUGCGCGUGGAACCAGGAAAUUUCAAGAUUUUAUCUCACAACCUCCUCGUGAGUCUAGCCAUCAAUUUUCCGGCUGAUUUCACUGCAGAGGUUCACAUUGCCAUGGACAAGUUUCUCGCCGCUGUGUCUGCAGCACUUGCUGAGAAAUACAGAUAAACAUUCUCAAAUGAUCGUACGAAUAUAAAGAAUGUCAUCAUGCAUGCUCCACAAAAAUAAAACAAAUUGUUUCUUUAAAUCUAA